AUGGAUACGUGCAUAUACUACCCCUAUCCAAUUAAGUAGCAUAUGCGACUACCUAGGUAGCUACGACCGAUAUCUUAUCUUAUCAGCUCCAUAAAAAUUUCGAGAAAGCUACAUCCUUCAACUUUUCAACGCUCGAACGAAGGCGCGUAACCAUCGGGCUUCCCAACAAUUUUACGAAGAAAAAAUAAAAAAAUAAAAAAUAAACUCAAUUCGGAAGCUUCGGAACUAAAAAUGGCGACCGAAGUAGUUACAGAGACCGAACAGCAUUCCGCGCCGGAGACCAAAGACUCCAAGAAGCGCAAGACGCAAAUCGAAGAGAUCGAGGUAGACUUAUCGCUACCCGAGCCGCCGUCCAAAAAAACGAAGCGACUCCUCAAGAAAGGCAAGCCGCUCCCCGAGAAGCCCAAGAGCGACGACGAAGCAGAGUCCGAAGAUGAGCUGCCGAUACCGAAAGGUGCACCUAAAGGUGGGAAGGGAGAUAAGAAGACCCAACGCUCCGAGCACGGCAUAUGGAUAGGGAACUUACCUUUCACUCUGACGAGGGUCGAAUUGUUCAAGUGGCUGGUGGAGAGCUCAGGCGGCAUGAUCAAAGAAGAUAACAUCACAAGAGUCAAUUUGCCUACGAGCAAGUACACCGGGGAUAGGAGAUACGGCAACAGCGAAGAUACGCCAAAGACGCAGAACAAGGGCUUCGCAUACGUGGAUUUCAACGCGGAACCGGCAUUCGUCGCCGCUAUGGCUCUCACAGAAACCGAGCUGAACGGACGAAAAGUAUUAAUCAAGAACUCCAACUCGUACGAAGGACGCCCCAGCAAACAACCCGAGAACGGAGCUGCUGCUGCUACUACAGCGAACGGCCAAGCGGCAGACAAAGCGGCUAUCAGCACCAGCCGCAAGGUCUACGUAGGCAACCUCUCGUUCCAGACCACGGAAGACGACCUGCGCGCGCACUUCGACAAGUGCGGCGAGAUCGAGUGGGUCAAGGUCGCGACGUUCGAGGACAGCGGGAAGUGCAAGGGUUUCGGGUGGGUCAAGUUCAAGGAGCCCGAGGCGGCGGGGUGGGCGGUGAAAGGGUUCGUCAAGAUCAGGGAGGAGAUCGAGACGGAGGACGACUUCCGGGAUGGCGAGGAGGAGGAGGGGAAAGAGGGAGGGGACGCGCAGCAGCAGCAGCAGCAGGAAGGGGGGCAGGAGGAGAAGAAGUUGUUCAAGAUGCGCAAGUGGUGGGUGAACCGCCUCCGGGGCCGCGAGCUGAAGAUCGAGGCGGCGGAGGAUGACCACGUCAGGUAUAAGAAGAGGUUUGGGAAGGACAAGAACGCGCAGGGGGAUGGUGGGAAGAGGGAGAGGCCGCAGGGGGCGAGGAGGGAGUCGAGACCGGCGAGAAGGUCGGAUGGGGAGACGGAUGAUGGAAAGAAAGAGGGAGGAGGCGCGUUCGGAGAGAAGAAUAUCGAAAAGACGGCGAAGCCGGCGUAUGGAGACGCGGGCGUCGCGACGUAUCUUACCGGUGCUGUUGUUAAGCCUCAAGGCAAGAAGAUUACGUUUGAUUAGAUUGUUCGGCGUUAAUGGAAGUAUGAAGUCUUUUUGUUGUUGACCGUACGCGAACAGCGAGCGCUAUUGCAUGGCAGUCAUGUCUACCUACAUAAUUCAGGAAAUGGGGGAUUUAUAUACCCCUUUAUUUCGGUAAUAUGCUGACUUUCUAGGCCUAGUUACCUUCUAACAACAUAACCACGUAGCCUUUUACUUUUGAGAUAUCCGAAACCACAAGAUCAACAGAUAAUCUACCUAGUAUAUAUACCUAGGUACCUCUCAUAUUAAGCACCUAUAUACCAAAAAGCCAGGCCAGAUCCUAUCCU